CCAAACUGGCCACACUGCUGCCUCAACAACAAAAUAACCUCUUCAUUUCACUUUGUUUUGUGCCGCCGUGAAAUUCAGCAAGCAGCAGCAGCAGCAGCAGCUGCAUCAGCAUCAGCAUCUGUCCGCGAAUUAGAUAAUACAGCCGGUAACAGCGGGGAUUCGCAACAGAACCCAGCGGAAGCUGCGCCACUGCCAUAGUUCCGGGAUUGAAGGGCGGCGCAGCAAGAGCGCGGAGUCGCAAUUGGCUCUGGAAUCACCACGAGACGAGACGGAAACUGAUAAAAACACCGCGAGGAGCACGGCAGACAAACUCCACAGAUUGCUAGAAGAGACUCUCAACGAACUGCAGCGCCGAUGCCCAGGAACAGUUGCCAUCUGACGACGUUGGACACUGAGAACAAGCGGCCGAGCGCCAGGGAAUGGGCGAGCGCGUCAUCUACCACGAGCUGGCCGCCGUGCACCAUCACCAUCAUCCCCACCCACACCAACACCAUCAGCAGCAAUCGCCGCACUCGCAGGCGCUUUUCCAUCAUCCCCAGCCACAGCAGCGUCGGCCAAAGCAGGGAAUGGCGGCCAUGCCGGCGUUGGCCAGUCCGAGCCAUGUCUAUGCCAAUGCGAAUGGCGCGGCGGCCUGGAGGGGAGCGCGUCAGCAGCAGUACUACCCUAAUACCAUUAGUACGGGACACGGGCCUGGCCCCACUGGCGCCGCUGCAAUGAAGCAGCUGCAAGCCAAGCAGUUGGCUAACUCGGAACAGCAACAGCAGCAGCCGCCGGUGGCUAGCGAAGUAAGUGUAGGGGCGACGGACACACUGCCCACCACGCCCAGAUCGGGUCAGAUAAAGCCACCGCGCAACAAGAGCGAAGAGGCCAUUGCCGAUCUUCUUGUGCGCAUUCCGGAUGUGGGCCAGCUAUUCGAUGUGCACAGUCGCAUCGGGAAUGGUACCUUCAGCACUGUGCUCUUGGCCACAAUGCGACGGGAGGCGAAUCUACCGGAGAGCCUGCGGCGAAAGUUUGCCAUCAAACAUCACAUACCCACUAGCCAUCCGGAUCGGAUAAUGAAGGAGCUGCAGUGCAUGACCAAAAUGGGGGGCACGGAGAACGUCGUGGGCAUCCACUGCUGUCUGCGCUGCGACGCCUCCGCCGCCUUCGUGAUGCCCUACAUGCCGCACGACCGUUUCCAUGACUUUUACACGCGGAUGGACGUGCCAGAGAUCCGGCUGUACAUGCGCAAUCUGCUGGUGGCCCUGCGGCAUGUCCACAAGUUCGAUGUCAUCCACCGCGACGUGAAACCCAGCAACUUCCUGUACAACCGGCGACGGCGCGAAUUCCUUCUUGUCGAUUUUGGCCUGGCCCAGCAUGCGAAUCCGCCGGUUAUGGGCGCCAUAGCUAAUCCAGGAGUUAACUACAACAACAACAACAACAGCAAGCGGCCACGGGAACGGGAAACGGAGGCAGUGCAGGCAAAUGUCCAAGCGGACGCCGGUUUGGGUGGCGCUGUGAAACGGAUGCGACUACACGAGGAGGGCACCAAGAUGCCAUUGAAGCCGGUCAACGAGAUUGCUCAAGGAGAGGCGCAGCCCGCCGAUGGAUCGAAUCCCAGCCAGCAGCCGACCACGAUGCUGCAGCAGCAGCCGCAACAGCCGCAGCAGGUGCCGCAGCAGGAUCAAUCCACAGCUUCAACUCCGGCCUCCGGCAGCAAGUACAACACGAACAGGAGCGCAUCGGGAGCAUCUGCCAAUAGUUCCAAGUGCUUCUGCUUUGCCAAUCCGUCCGUGUGCCUCAACUGUCUGAUGAAGAAGGAGGUGCACGCCUCUCGGGCUGGGACACCGGGCUAUCGGCCGCCAGAGGUGCUACUCAAGUAUCCGGACCAGACCACAGCCGUGGAUGUGUGGGCAGCUGGCGUGAUCUUUUUGUCCAUCAUGUCCUCGGUGUAUCCGUUCUUCAAGGCGCCCAACGAUUUCAUUGCCCUGGCCGAAAUCGUAACCAUAUUCGGUGACCAGGCCAUCCGAAAGACGGCCUUGGCCCUCGACCGUAUGAUCACGCUCAGCCAGCGGUCGAGGCCUCUAAAUCUGCGCAAGCUGUGCCUGCGCUUCCGCCACCGAACCGUUUUCAGUGACGCCAAGCUGCUCAAGAGCCACGAGUCCGCCGACGGACGGUGCGAGGUGUGCCGCAACUGUGACCAGUACUUCUUCAACUGCCUGUGCGACGACAGCGAGUAUGUGACGGAGCCACUGGACGCCUACGAAUGCUUUCCGGCCAGCGCCUACGAUCUGUUGCACCGCCUGCUGGAGGUUAAUCCCCACAAGCGUAUCACUGCCGCCGAGGCACUGCAGCAUCCGUUUUUCACAGAGGCCGCCGAGGAGGUGGCCGAGCAGCCGCGAAAGGUGCGACGCCAGCGUCAUCACAAGCAGAUGGUCACAUCGGAGCAGCAGCAGGCAGAUCUGGAGCUCCAGCAGCAGACCGCGAUCAACAACAAAUUAUUGAACUAGUCCUCAUACACCCCAGUCUCGUCAUUUGUAUAUAGAUAAGGCACAUAUCACCACUGUAUAGAGGUUUACGCCGAUGGUUAAAGGCAUCGGCGGCGGCGUAGAGGUCAAAAUGACUCGGCGGCGGCGGCGUAGUAGUCAG